AUGGACCUUCAUUCAUGCUGUCACGACAGCUUUGAAAUAACACAAAGAGACACAGUUGCAAAAGCUCUUUGUUGCUCACUGCGCAUGAUGUACGAUGCAGGCACAGUCUGCUCACGAGAGCCUCAUGUGGGGACUUCGAGAAUGUUCUCAAUCAACGUCUUACUAUGCCAUGAUACAUCAUCACGUAGCCACACUGAAAUCAUCCACUAG